AGCAUUAAUGUUCAAUCUGUUAUAAUUUCGCACUUUAUUCAUAUUUCAGUUUCCUAUGGGAACCAAAAACGGAUAUAGCUAAUUGCGUCUGAGAUUUAUACAACCUAUUAAAAAUUUACAACAAAUGCUUCGAAGAUUUGUCAAAAUACGCACGAAAGUUUAUGUCUAUUGUUAUAUCCACAGACAGUUUAUAUAUAGAUAUAUAUAAAACAAGCUUAAUAAAUAAAGAAUUCUUUGAUGAGCAUUAGUUGAGAAGCAAUGGAAAGACCUAUUUUAAAGACUUUUAAUGGAACAACGGUAUAUUGUUUUAUUGCAUCUGAAGGAAAAGGAGAGACAACGAACAAGUUAUUUAUUGGUGGAAUACCAUCUAAGGUAACCGAAAAAGAGCUAAACAUAUUCUUUUCUGAGUUUGGCAAUGUUAAAGAUGUGCGUAUAGUAACAGACAGAAUAACGGCAGAAUGCAAAGGAUAUGGUUUUGUAACAUUUGAAGAUAAAUCUGUAAGCGAUAGACUAAUUGCAACAAAAACUGUUCGCAUGAAUGGAAGAAAACUACGACUAAGAAAAGCUGUUCAAAGAAGUGCAUCUCAGUUUGAUAAAGUUUCAGAACAAUUAAGAGUAUCAAAAAACAAUUCCAUCAGACCAAGUUCAAGAAGGCUACAACUAUUUACCGAUGACAGUUUGCAACUUGUAAACGAUAGUUCUAUGCUAAAAGCAAAUAUUCCAAUGAUUAUUUCUUCAUCUGCAAUGUUUUCUCCUUUAACGCCACCGCCAUCUCCUGCUCGUACGCAACAUUCGAUAAUUUCUAUGCAUUCGAUUGGUCAAAAUACAACAGACAUUUUUUCAUCUCCUACUAAUUGCAAAUAUGGAUGCAGAAUGCCGUUACCGGAGUACUUUCCUAUAAGUUCUCGACCUUUUAUCAAUGUUCCGCAAUUUAUUCAACCCGAUUAUUUGCAAAUAUAUUUAAAUAACAAUUUAUAAGCUGGUUUAAUAAUGUCAUCAAAAUAUAUUUCAGCAAUUUUUGACAAACUGCUUCUUUUAAAGAACGUUUUUAAAGCAAUUUUCAAAUUAUAAAAUCAACUUUUUAAAGAGAUUGUGUUUGUACAUAUAUAUUAGUCGUAGAGAUAUAUAAGCAUGAUAUUUAUUAUAGCAGAAGAAAAAAACAUAU